UGUAAAGUUUCUUCCGCUCGUUGUUCCCAUAGACAGUGGUUGUUCCACUCUCCGCAAAAAUGGCCGCGGUCGGACGUUUAACCCAGAAGCUCCUGAAGUCCGUUACGCUGACCCAAACCCGUCAGCUUUCGGCUGCAGCAGCAGCUCACGGUGAACAAGCAGCCAAGACCUGGAAGAUCCUUUCAUUUGUGGUGGCACUGCCUGGAGUCGCGGUGUGUAUGCUGAACAUGUACCUCAGGGCUCAACAACACCAGCAUGAGCAGCCCGAGUUCAUUCCCUACAGCCACCUGCGCAUCCGCAGCAAGCGCUUUCCAUGGGGUGACGGCACCAAGAGUCUCUUCCACAACCCCCACGUCAACGCCCUCCCUGACGGCUACGAGCAUCACGAUGAGUGAAGGCUGUCAGGAGCUAUACCUGAACUCCCAUACAGGGACCAGAGGGCCCUCUGUCUUCCCUCUCAUUUCCCUGGAAAUCUGUCCAGGCCUGGACCACUCCUCAGUUUCUUUCAGUUUACAUGACAUCUGUCCAGUAUGUUGAUCUUACCUCUGAGCUUUCCAGAGCUAGUGGAAAUACCUUAUGGAAACAGUUACAUUUGCUUAAGGACCAUUGUAUCACAUCGUCUGCUUAAACUGAAAUAAAAAUCCAUUAAAUUAUAAUAAA